UAAUUCUGACUGCUGACUGCGCAUGCGCCAAAUCAGGACCUCGGGAAUCUGGACGAACGGUGUACGCAUUUGGGUGUUACGGGUAAACACUGUUUUUGCAUCUUCUUUUAAUUCCAAGGCCGAUUCCCUCUAUUAAAAAGCUGCAGGAAUAAUGGGAGCUGUGUUCCUGCCAGCAGAUUCCGCGCACUCGGUGCUGCGAAGGCUCCCGAGAGCAAACUUCUUAUUGGAGGAAAUGAAACAAGGGAACAUCCAGCGAGAAUGCAGGGAGGAAAUCUGCAGUUAUGAAGAAGCGCGGGAGGCAUUUGAGAAUGAUGAGAAAACGAGGCGAUUCUGGGAGGAGUAUCAGCGUGAAAGCAGCCCCAGGCCUGGAGGACUGGAGUCUUUUGGUGGUGGUGUACAUUCUCUUUACCUGAUCUUACCCAUCCUACUGGUUUUGAUACUCAUUGCUGCAGUUUCCAUUACCGUUUGGAAAUGUCACUCACGCAAAAGAUCCCGGCAAAGCCCUGCCAUUGGGCGUCCUCAGAGAGAUACAACCCUAUCAAUAGUGUCGAUGGACCAGUGGGGGCGGGACUUCCAUCCUGACAUCAGUCCUCAUUCAGAAAUCAGUGCAGACAGUAGCCCUGCGUACCCUGGUGCUGACCUCACACUUGGAAGGGGUAGUCGUGGUGACCCGCCCCCUUCAUAUGAGGAAGCUGUGGGUCAUACAGAUGUGCACAUUGAAGCAGAGCCUCCGCCACAAUAUGAUGACAUCAUCAGUAACCACGGUGGUACAGCUAUCAUUGGCCAGGGAAAGUGAGGAUCUUUCAGGCAAAUUAUGCAGCCACAUCUACAGAGGCUUCCACCAAUACUGCAAACGCUGCCAUUCCUGUUUACUCUCUUUCUUGUUUUUGCUUUCAGCUAUGCCUGGAGGUUUUUCAAGACAGGGAGAUACUUUGCUCAUUUAUUUUUAUUGCUAUAAAGAUUUUUUUUACAACUUCACUAACUCAGUGACAGCCUUUAUUUGGGAAUUCCAGCACUAGAUGGAAUAUAGCUAAUCUUUUGUAUUUAAUACAAAGAGAAAACAUACAUCUGAUGCAAUACGUUUCCAGUACUGUUACUCUGACAUUGUUAUACAGUAAACACGGCAAUCAAUUACCUUUUAGUUUGUUUGGCUACCAGAUUGCUUCAUUUUCAGGGAUGCCAUGACAGUGUGAGUCAUGACUUAAGCUCUGUUGUGAUGAUAACAAAGUUAGUAAAGGUUACGGUUGUCAAAAUAUUACUGGAAACCAACUAAAUACUACAGUUGUGGCCGCCUUUCAUCAAGAUCAUGUGGAAAAAAUUGCUAUAAUAGGAGCAAUUUGUAAAUGAAAUGUUACGGACACAUUUUUUUUGUCAACUUUAACCUUUUAAGAUAACCUUUAUUUAACCCUUGUAAUUGCAUAGGCAUCUGUAUGCACUGGGCUCACAACCUCAAUGUAACAUUGAUGUUUGGUUGUUUUUAUUUUCUAGUUCGACGUUUUAACACUGUGUGUUAUAUUUUGUUGGAAAAGUGGAAUGAUACACUAACAAUGUGAAUGUGAGAGUUAUCAAAAACUGAUAACUUACUGCAAACUGAUGAAACAAAUCCAACAAGCAGUCCUGAUGUAGCAUACAAUCAUUAAUUCUGAAUCAGCGCAAGUCCAAGCCGUUUUUGUCUGAUGGGCACGAAGUCAGCGUAUGUGAGGUUUUGUUGACUUGUCUACUGCGGCAAAUACAGAGCAUUUGAGUUAUGCCACGUUUAGCAGAAGAUGUGCUGCAGUAGUGAACCAACUAUGUGCCAGAGGGCCCUUUUUAAAGAGUAAUGUUUUUUAUGGUCACAGCCUUGUGAAAUAAAUCCUUUUUGUGGCCAAGGAUUCAGUAGGGAUAUUAAGCAAGAUUGGAUAACUAGGAUACGCUAAAUAAAUAAUUGAGGAGAAGGAGGCAUGCUUUUUGUUUGUUGUGAGCUGUUUGCUGACUUUAUUAUAGGUUUGUGUGUAAACGGGUUGAUAAGUUGUGUUUGUUUCUCCAACAACCAUAUAGAGAAUUGUGCAAUUACCUUAGCCAUGCUGAUUUUAUCUGCCCCAUCUGAUUCUCUGUAUAUUCUGGUAUAUUUUGAAUGUUUUUAAGAAACAUAAAUGCCUUCCAUUUAUGAUUAUUUACCUCCACCUCACAACCAUAUUUGGAUACUUGACACUAUUUUGGAGUAGACUCCACUUUUUCUUGGUUUAUUAUGAAGAGUCAGAUUAAGGUGUUCUCUUUGGCGCCAGCUACACUAAACACUACCAAGAAAAUCUCAGAUUAGGAUCAAAUUAUGGGAACAAACCCUGUUACUCCCCCAGAAUAUAACUCGAUGAGGAAACACUCAGUAUUAAAUGUCAGGAAAGUGUGGAUGUGUAUUUGUUUGUGGGUGUGCGUGCAUGUAUGUGUGGGUGUGAGAAAGCAUUGCAAUGGAAAAAUAGUCAAUGCAUUUGUACUUAUUCAGUAAAUACGAGUGAAUGCACUUUUUAGGGUGGAAAUUGCUCUUGAUUAAGGAAUAUUAAUUGAUGUCUAAGAUGUGAUGAAUUACUAAAAAAAUAUGGCAAAUGCUGUUUGGUCCUACUGGCUUUCUACACGCUCAGCCAACAUAAAUAUGCAAAGAAAACACAUAACCACCAGCACUAACUCAGAUAAGCUUUGUGAAAAUCCAAACAGUCUAACUUUGCCUAAUGUUGUUUGUGUUUUUAAAGGUAAUGUGAAAUAAGACUACCAAUAUUUGAAAUACACAGAUGAUGUUCCUACUUUGGCUGGUUUUAAUGAAUGGAAUUUAUUGAUGUGGAAAUUUCUGUGGUAGUUUUGAGUGAUUUGGUGGUUUAUUGCUUAAGCCUUACUCAGAGAUAGAUAAAUAAAUUGUAUAUAUGUGUAAUAAAAUAACCUAAUUUUUUGUAAUGAUGGAGCUUGAUUUUUAUUUGUAAUAAAAGUUUUGGCAUUUA